GCUGAAGCAUUGAGUGUUCCAAGAUGGUGGAAGAGUUGUAGGAACAAUAUGGCGUGAAUAAUUUGACUUGUAGAGAUCGAACUUUGGGAGAAUUUAAGCGUCCAAUAUGCCGACCGGAAAGUUUCCAUUUCGCCGCACCUUCGAAUUCCUCAACUCUGGAAAGUUAAUAUUAAAAUCGGAUGUGAAGAACGUGCUGUUAAAUUACACUACCAAACAAGAAAGUCUUGGCCUCAGAAAUUUCAUUUACAAAGAUGUUCCUCAAAUUCAGUACAAGAAUCGUACUGUCCAGAUUACGACGACGAGAAACAGAUUGACCUAUCCAGUGGUGCAUGUAUUUUUUGGUAAUGGAAAAAAGGUGGCAAUGGAUGUGGAAAGUAAAACUGGGCCUGAGAUUUUGGAGAUGUUUGGUAAAGUGGCUGGAGCUACAGAAAUGGAGCAAAAAGACAGUGUAAAAGAAAAAUAUCCAGGCCGAUUGAACCCUGCAAACUUUGGCCGGUUUGGGCAUUGUUACUGUAUCUGUCAGAAGCCAGGACAAAGGCCAUGCACAGCUAUUGUUCCACAUCCUGAGGCAAAGAAGCCAAAAUUCUGGCAACUCAAAGAAGAUGCUUCUGCAGGAUAACAUAUUAUUGAUCACUUAUGAUGAAUGGGAACAGAUAUUUGUAAUAAAAUAACCAUGUGAAAA